AUGCUUGCAUUACUGGCUUUGGCCCACCUACUGGUGGCUUGUGCGUUCGCGAGAGGAACUUUGCCCAAGGGCUUCGUUACUACUGAUGGUAAUCGGUUUUUAUUGGACGGAAAACCAUUUGCAUUUGUCGGCACCAACUCCUAUUGGCUCCCUUUGUUGACCAGUGAUGCGGAUGUGGAGAAAACAUUGAACGACAUGCAAGCUGCCGGUGUCAAAGUUCUUUGUACAUGGGGUUUUAAUGCCAUAACUGGUUCUGAGCUUGCCGGCGCGAAGCAGUCUGACCUAACGUACUAUCAAGUAUGGAACAGCAGCAAGUGGGUACUCAACGAUGGGCCCCAGGGUUUGCAGUGUUUGGACCAUGUUAUUGAAGCCGCGGGGAAGCACAAUAUCAAGGUGAUACUGGCAUUCACUAACAAUUGGGUGGGCUAUGGGGGAGCGGAACUGUACAUCAACUGGAUUGCUGGCUCGAACGCGACCCACAACGUCUUCUACACUGAUCCCAAGAUCAUCUCAUCUUAUUCUUCGCCCUCGAUCUUUGCUUGGGAAUUGAUGAACGAGGCCCAAUGUGCUGGUGACUUACCAGCCUCAUCCGCUGUCGCGCGUAAGAAGUGCAAGUCACUUUAUAAGUGA